GGUUUGUUAUUUUCCAUGGACGCUGCUUUAUCGCUCGUUUGCGAGCAACAGUGUUGGAGACCAAAGAAAGCUGCAGAUGCUGGAGUCCAAGGUGGACAAGCAGGAGGCAAGAAGAACACAGCAAGCCAGGCAACGUUAUGCAGCGACGUGCUGCUCUUUAAGACAGCGAAAGCUGCGGGGUCUGAAGUCACGGCUACAAAUGUAUCAUUUCUUUUGCUACAUUUCGUUGCCGUGACGUGUGCGCAACGCGCGCGGCUCCAACUCGCUGAGUCAAUGAGCGACGGAGUGAGUGAGGUGACCAUCCGGAGGAGCUGCAGAGAUUCCGCCCAGUGCUCCAGUUCAGAUCCGGCUCCAGUCUUUCCGCCUUGUGCUCCGCGCCGGUUGGGGGAAUCCAGCUCCGGUCUUUCCGCCGUCUGCUGCCCUCCGGAUCUCCCGGGGCCUGCUCUGCUUCCUUUGCUCCCGCGCCUAGUCGUGAGCAUCACGUUUCUUCGGUUCUCCUCGGUCGUCCGCAGCAUGGGGAGACGGAAAAACAGACCCAGAAACCGAGACAGGAAUGUAAAUACCGACAACAAGCCUGGUUGGGGAGCUGGUUACCAGGAGAUUAUUAAAGAAAACAAACUUUAUGAAGAGUAUUACCAAAGACAAAAGAUUGUUCCUGAGGGGGAAUGGGAUCAGUUUAUGGCAACCAUGAGGGAGCCGUUGCCAGCUACUAUUCGGAUAACUGGGUAUAAAAGCCAUGCCGAAGAGAUUUUGCAUUGUCUAAAAACAAAGUACUUCCAAGAAUUGCAAGACUUGGAGGUGGACGGACAGAAGAUUGAGGCCCCGCUACCUUUGAGCUGGUAUCCAGGUGAAUUAGCUUGGCAUAUUAACAUUAGCAGGAAAAUGCUGAGAAAGUCACCAGUCUUGGAGAAGUUCCAUCAGUUCCUUGUUAGUGAAACAGAGUCUGGGAAUAUCAGUCGCCAGGAAGCUGUCAGUAUGAUUCCUCCUUUGCUACUUGAUAUUAAGGCACAUCAUAAGAUUCUCGAUAUGUGCGCAGCACCCGGAUCAAAGACUGCUCAGCUGAUUGAGAUGCUGCACUCUGAUAUGAACGUUGCCUUCCCAGAGGGUUUUGUAAUUGCUAAUGACGUUGACAACAAGCGGUGUUACCUGUUGGUUCAUCAGUCAAAGCGCUUGCAUAGCCCUUGUAUUAUGGUAGUGAAUCAUGAUGCAUCGAAUAUACCAAGAUUGCAGAUGAUGGGCAGUGAUGGUCAAAGGAAUAUUCUCUUCUAUGACCGGAUUUUGUGUGAUGUACCAUGCAGUGGUGAUGCAACUUUGAGAAAGAAUAUUGAUGUGUGGAAAAAGUGGACAACCAGCAACAGCCUCCAGUUGCAUGGCUUACAGCAAAGAAUUGCUAUCCGUGGUGUCGAGCAGUUAGCAGUUGGAGGCAGAAUGGUUUACUCCACCUGUUCUCUGAACCCUAUUGAAAAUGAAGCUGUAAUUGCAACUAUUCUUGGGAAGAGUGAAGGAACCCUUGAAUUAAUUGAUGUUUCAUCCGAGUUGCCAGGGUUGAAGCGAAUGCCUGGCAUAACAUCAUGGAAGGUAAUGACAAGGGAAGGGCAUUGGUAUGCAGAGUGGUCAGAAGUACCAGAAAAUAAACAGACUCAGAUCCGUCCUACAAUGUUUCCACUCAAAGACCCUGAGACGCUCAAAGCAAUGAAUCUGGAAAGAUGCAUUCGGAUACUUCCUCACCAUCAAAAUACUGGAGGAUUCUUUGUUGCUGUUUUGGAGAAAAAGGCUCCAAUGCCUUGGAACAAGCGAGAACCAAAACUGAGACAUAAAGGAAUGGUGGCUGAUUCCCUAGUUGAAGACACCAAUGAAAAAUCUGCAGAAAUGGAAGAAAGUAAAACUGAAGAAGGUGAAGUAUCAUCAGCCAGCAAAGAGGGUAUUUGUUGUCCACCACCAUCAAAGAAAAUGAAACUGUUUGGGUUCAAAGAAGACCCCUUUGUCUUCUUGAAUGAAGAUGAUCCAAUAUUUCUGCCAAUUCAGAAAUUUUAUCAAUUGGAUCCAUCUUUUCCAAAGUCGAAUGUCCUUACUCGGACGCAUGAGGGAAAGAAGCGUCAUCUCUACAUGGUUUCAAAGGAGCUAAGAAAUGUGCUUCUCCAUAACAGUGAACGAAUGAAGGUGAUUAACACAGGUAUUAAAGUUUUGAGUCGCAAUAACGAUGGAGAAGAAUUUGGCUGUGCCUUCAGAUUAGCACAAGAGGGUAUUUAUACUUUAAAUCCGUACAUUAAUGAAAGAAUCAUUAAGAUUUCUAUUGAAGAUGUUAUGGUGCUGUUAACACAAGAAAAUCCAUUCAUUGGCAAACUUACAAGUGAACUACAGAAACAAGCCAAGAAGCUGAGCAUGGGGAGCAUUGUGUUGAAGUAUGAACCAAAUCCUUCAAACACCGAAGGUCCUAAGUGCCCUAUCGUGUUGUGUGGCUGGAGGGGAAAGAUUUCAAUCCGUGCCUUCGUUGCCAGGAAUGAGCGUUUCCAUUAUCUGCGAAUGUUGGGAGUAGAGGUUUUCAGAGACAAGAACAAGGGCGAUGGAUCAGACAGUGUGGCUACUGAGAAAGCUGAGGAGCCAAUGGAAGAAGAGGAUUUGAAUGUACAUGGAGAUGCUGGGCAUUUGAAAGGCGAUUCUGAUAUUGUACAACAAUCCGAAGAAAAAUGUGAUCAGAUCUUGAGACCAGCAGAAGAAUCUGAAAAAGAUCAAGAAAUAAUACAGCACACGAAGAUGGAAAUCAACAAUAUCACAACGCCAGAAUGUAUUGAUUCAUGUUCAAACAUGGAAAACUUUGGUACUGAAGUACCGCGUCUCGAUACAAAUUAAUGAGGUUUUAGCUUUUAAGAAAUGUCAAAUGUGAACUGAUACAGGUGGCAGCAUAAACUUAUCUGAUGACUUGGUGUUGGAUAUCCAGUGCUGUUUCUGGAGGAAAACGACAUUUACUUGCAAUCCAAAGUUGAAUAUUUCCUAUUAAUGUACUCAGACCUUUCCUAACUAGAUGCGUAGUCUUGAAAAAUUAUUUGAUCUCUCAUUAUUAGAGCACACCUCUACUAUUAAUGUCUUUCCGAAAAAUAUCUUGGUUACUCCAUACUCCGAGGGAUGAAUAAAACAAGUAUGUUAAUGGAGGGGAGCAGGGGAGGAGAAGAUAGUUGUAUCACUUUCAUUAUGACUUCAUUAAUGAGAGUGGUGAACUUCAGUGUUAUUCACAUGAUUUAAGAUGUUCUUUGCAAACAGCUUGACAGCCACUUCACUUGCAGACAAUAACCUUUUAAAUUGACGUGUCAAGUGAUGACCAUUUUGUUCAUGCCUUUCUGCUUUUUUUUAGAAAAUAUCUUUGAAAGAUGAUGUAAAGCUUUUACAGAUGAAUUUAUAAAUCUGAAAUGCUAACUUUAUUUGAAAAGACAGGAUGCAUUUUAUGGUAAUUUUUGUUCUCCACUUGAAUGGUAAAUUAUUGGGAACCAGAAGAACUGCAGAUGCUGUAAAUCAGAAACAAAAGCAGAAGUCGCUGGAAAAGCUCAGCAAG